AUGGGUUUAUUAAGCGUGGCCGAAAUGAAAUUGUUCGCUCCAUUUAUUGUUGUGAAGGCUUUUUCUGUCAUUGUGGACGCGAUGCCGUCUAAUGAAGAACGGAUGGUUUAUUUAAGUAUAAAAAAUUACGACGUUACUCACGGUUAUAUCAAUCCUCAACUUUUGGCCAGCUUUACACCGAUUUGGAAGGAAAAGGCAAUCAAAAACGCGGUAAAAGAGUACGCAACUGCACCGCAAAUGCCGGUUGAUUUGACUCUUGAGCGUUUCCUAGAAGCGAUGGAAUCCUCAGCAUCGACCUCGUUAGACACUCGCAGGUCGUCCAGUCAUAUAAGCGUGUUAACUGAUGAUUUUCUCGAAGAACUAGGUAUAUCGAUGACUCCAAAGUCACGUAAACAAUCUGAUGAAUCCGCUGAGCAUACACGGACAGAUACGGAGGAAUCUCAAACGGCAAAGGUUGCAAUGAACAUGCCAAAGAUUCACAGCUCGCUAAUCUUAAGAAGACUAUUCGGAGAUCGUAUCACAAGUUUAGAGACAUAUUUGCACGAGGUGGUCGGACCGGAUGUUUGCCUUGUAAUCAAAGAAGAUAAAGAAGAUUAUAUUAGAUUUCUUAGGGAUUCGUAUGCAUUUGCUUACACGAAGGUGGAGCCCACUUCGGAAAGUGUAGAACGUUUUGGCCUUCCAAAUUUAGUAGACAAGGUAAUUGAAGAUUCAAUAAUGGUCGGGAAGACAUUCUUGAGAAAUGUAUUGCUGAACGGAUAUAGACAGCAACGUGUUGGCAAAGAAAAAAUCACAGAGAAUUUCUAUCCGAAUAGUCUUGUGGAAUACAUAAAGACUUCGACUUCAUGGCAAACGCUCUUUCGUAGAAUUGGGGCUAAAUUUAUAGAACAUCUUCUAAAGAAUGCAGCAAUCUUUAUCGGAUUGGAGAAUGGCUGCUUCUUUCAGAUUACUGGUCCUCCGAUUAAUCACAACCUUAAUGCUACUGUUCGCACUAACCCAGCUUUCAGUAAAAAGCGUGGUAGUGCACCGGAGGUUGCUCAUAUUACCAGAAAGAAUGUCACAAAGAAACGACGUUUGCACGAACCGAAACAAGACCUCGAUCCAGAUGUUUCUCAACAGGAGUCGAUCGGCAAGAACUUGCCCGAAAAAUCUACGAUUGCUGAAUCGAAAAGCACGGACGCAUCGAUCGCGGCAGGCAACGUUUACGAAAAGCCAACGCGAACGUAUACAAAUCUAACAUUUUCCCCGUCAGCUCUAUUUUAUGCACGAGCGAGACGUACUCAGAAACAAAUCUGGAUAGGCCUUUCCUUCAAACAUAUCUUUAACCGUAUUGUAAAAAUGAAAAAGGGGGGAAGAAAAGAGUAUGGUGCCACACACGUUAUGCGAUACAUAUUUCCUAAACAGUUUGGAAUGCCAAACGUCUUUGAUACGGUACACCAGAAGGGAAUAGUUGUAAACGCUCUCGGCAACACGUUUUAUCGUGAGGCCGAUAUAAUGAUUGCCGGAGAGAAACCGGUCCCGAAGCAUCUCGUUCAUAUUGGAAAAGAUAUCGAAAAAAUCAUAAAUUCACACAAAAGCUGUCCGUAUCCGGCAUUUUAUGAUCAAUGCUGUCCCAAGAAGGUCGCGGCAUUUGUUCAUCGCGUCAUAAGACGGCUCGUCCCUGACACGUUCUGGGGUGGCGUUGAGAAUAGAAAUUCUAUUUUCGAGAAAAUUUAUAAAUUUAUUUGCUGUGGACGAAACGAGUGCACAACCCUACACGAAAUGCUCCAGGGAAUCAAGCUAAAGAAAUGUGGUUGGCUUGUAAGAGCAGUCCAAGACCAAGAUGCAGAAAGUGCCUCCCAAAAAAAGCGCGUUGUCUACUUUAGACACGACGUAUGGGAAAUGAUUACGGAGAAUAAGCGAAUGGAGCUGAUGAAAUCAACAUAUGUCGAGAUUCCCCAAGACAAGUUAUCAGAAUAUGAGGGAAAAACUCUCGGUUACGCGACUCUUCGAUUGGCUCCUAAGGUCGGCGGAUUUAGACCAAUCACAAAUCUAAAUAUGCCAGUUAGACGAAUAAAUGGAGCCCCUUCACAGAUACUUAACGAAAAGGCUCCGUCUCCAAAUAAUUUAUUAUCAGAUGUAUUUAAUAUUUUGACGUUGGAAAAGUCGCGAGUGCUCGGCGAUUCCUAUAUCAGCGGCCUAGGAAGAGCCUACGAGCAUUUAAAAGCCUUUAAAAAACGAUUGACAGUCAGUAGCGCGUUAUUGUACUUUGCAAAAGUUGAUAUACAAGCAUGUUUUGACACGAUUAACCAAAACGUCCUGAUGGACAUUGUCAAGGACAUUGUCUUAAAGAGCGAAUAUUAUAGAGAUGCAAAUGUUUGGCUCGUUCGUUCAACCAGCGAUAGUAUUACAAAGCAUCAGAUACGUCGGCCUUCAUACGCUGACAAUUUUACACAGUUCAGCAACGUUGCGCAUGAACUAGCCGAGUCCAGGCACAAUGCUAUCUUUGUUGAUGACUGUAUCUACUAUAAAAAGUCGACAGACAAGCUUCUCGAACUGUUAGAAGAGCAUGUUGAUGACAAAUACUACAAACAGCAUACUGGUAUUCCGCAGGGCUCUAUAAUUUCAACAUUGUUGUGCAGUUAUUUCUUUAAUGAAAUGGAGCGAGAAAAGCUCCCGUUUGUCCGUGAUGAGGACAGUCUGCUUCUCCGCUAUAUUGAUGACUUUUUAUUUAUAAGUCUCGACAAAGGAAAGGCAGAAGAAUUUUUAAGGGUGAUGUUUGAAGGACAUUCACAUUAUGGAUGCUUGGUAAACAAGACAAAGAGUAUAACAAACUUUGAGACAGAAAUCUGUGGACAUAAAAUGGGUGAUGGCAUGGUUGUUGAAGAACCUAUUGGUGAGCAUUAUCAACAUGAUGUAUUGAUACAUUUUAGAAAACUAGAAUCUAACCACUUGUAUAUUGAUAUAUUCUUUGUUAGAUUUCUCAUGGUGUGGUGUCCUGAUAAAUACAAAGACCUUGGAAGUGAAGUGCGAUUAUUCCCGAUAUGUGGACAUGCGAUGAUGCAUCCUGGUUGGCAGGACAUUUUUGUCAGCUUGGACUUGAACACCAUACAGACAGUCUUCCUCAACCUCUAUCAGAAUUACAUAGUGGCAGCAAUCAAGUUCCGUCAUUAUCUCCAGGCACUGAGACGAUCUGGUUACCAUUCGGAUGAGGAGCGUGUUGCUGAAGCUAUAUACUACGCGUGCGAAUAUCCGUGCGUGCUGAAGGCGGGAAGUCCUAUGUUUGUACCGCGCUUUAGGAAACGGCAACUUAAAUGGCUUGGGACACAUGCGUUUCUCCGUGUAUUUAAAAUGAUCAAAAGACAAUACCCAUGCCUAGUUAAGAAUUUGAAGAUAGUUAAGCAUCAGUAUUGCCGAGAAGAUGUCGAGGUACUUUAUUUUGCUUCUGACAUAAAUAACAGCGAGACUUUGAAGACAUUACUAUACGGUGCUGAUAUUCAAAAUCUGACCGUGGAUAAAUAG